AUCUAUCUUUGACAUCAAGUGGAAAUAUGUUUGGGAUCCGGCAGCAACUCGUGGUGCAACUGCGUCUGCACUACGAUGUCCUGGCUGCAACGGGCCUGCUCUGCAUAAUCUUCAUUGCUAUCCUGGACUAUGGUCACAGCUGGUACGGCUGCGACUUGAUCUGCUGGCGAGAGCAGCUGGAGCUGGUGGAGGAUAAGCCCAUGGUUGUUAUGCUAUUUGUAGUGGGGUUUAAGCUAAUGCUCAUACUGAUCCUAACGCUGUUGAGUUACUUGAAAGUCAGACCAACUGUGGAACCACCCAUUUCCCAUGUGAAGCGUCGCUUUAGUCGUUUCAUUGUGAUGCGUCUGGUGGCUGCACUUGAUGAGUUCCUGCUUGGCAAGAGAGAUUUCCAUGAACGACACGCUGCCCUCAUCGAGGCCAUCCAUCUCUUUCGCUCCGAUGCUCGAAAGCUUUGUGAAAGGAUUCCGACAGAACUGGGUUUGCCCAUCCAACAGAUGCUGUCGGUGGAGGAGCAGGAGGAGAAGAAGUUGUUGAAACGCGGUUACAGGUGCAUGCCGCAGCUCAGAGAGACAGACAUCUAUAGGCUGGUAUUAGCCUUGCCCUUGCCUUAGCCACACAGAAGGAGGCGGAGAGGGAGACGCAAGAGGAUAGAGAGGGAGAGAUAGAGCGAGUGCUGGUAGACCGCAGCAGACAAGCAACAACAAUGUUUAACACAAAAUUUACGCAACUUUUUAAUUAGGUUUAGCAAAGAAUCCUUUCUCCUUGCUUUUGUUAUGCCCUGUAUUAUGCCACCUAUAGGGUAUAUUGUGUCAAACGCCAUGUGUGCAUAUAAUAAAGUUGUCAAUUGAAU